AUAAAUUAGCGUAAACCAAAUAUACUUAAACGAACACAUUUGACUCUGAAAUGUAAUAUCGUAAUCGUUUUUGCCUGUGUGUAUAGUUGCUCGUAUGUAUACUAACCUACUUACCUCUGUUUACUAUAUCGCCCGGUGGUAAGCAUAGGUACGAAGUUCAGAUCAAAACUGAUUCAAGAAUGAAUUUUGUUAAUUCUAAAGUCUAAUGCAGAAAUGUUAAUUCGGAAUUUUCUUAUGUUGAGCAAUAAUUGCACAAAAUUAUCUAGGUUUAAAAUAAUUUUGAAGUAAGCAAAAAAGUUAGUAUUUAAGUAGUUUAAAAGAUUUUUGUGUUAAUAUUAUAGACGGACACUGCAGCAUCUGGUCGCUUUUGCUAACCAGAUGAGUAUUAUUUCUAUUAUGGGUAAUCCGCAAAGUAAGAAUGAGGAAGUCGUUAUAGCUCAAGUCGGAGCUAACGACGCCAACGCCACCGCGACUAUGGAGAAGAAGGUGGAACUGCUUAGUGUUUUUCUAAUUUGUAUUAUUGUCAUCGUGGGAUUAGUGUUAAUGUCCAAAGGAUGCAGGCGUUGUGGUCAGCAGGCCAGGUCUGCCAUAGUCAAGGACAUGGUUUCGUCAAUGGAAAGGGGAGCCCUAGCGGUAGCAGCGACAGCGCACCCUGUUUCGGAGCGAGUUCCCACAUUUUAGCGAUGGUUGUAUUCAAUGUACGAGUGUCCCUCUAUUAAUAUCUAUUAAUAUAUAAUACAAAUAGUAAGUAAAUUUAGUAAUUAAGUAUAUUUUUUUAAGGUUCACGACAGGGAUAGUUAACCUAGAUAAAUAUUGUAAAUUGCAUCGUGUUAUAAUAGUUAGGUAGCAUGCGCUUGUAUACGUGCGAUAGGCGGACGCGCUGAUCGCAGGUGUCAAGUUGCAGCUAGCGAUAGGCGCUGGGGCACUACGUUGCUGCGCGCAUUGAAUUUCAGAGAAAUUAGGGUUCAGUAAUUGAUUUUUAAAUGUUAGAAUCUAAAAAUUUUUUUAUGAAAAUUUUGGAGAUGGAGGGGGAAUGAUGUAGGGACACACAGUGUAUUAUUCCUAAAAUCGGAGUCAGCAAUUCUGUGCGGGCGCAACGGCGCCAACCAGUUGUUUCCCAUACCGCGCUCCCUCCACUCGCGUCAGUAGCCUGUUAAUUAUAAUUAUUUCAAUUGUUAAAGAAUCUAAUAAAUGUGCAGUGCGUGAACGUUAAUCUGACUUCUUCUUUAUCUCCUAUUAGUCCAAAGUAAUAGAAUACAUAAAAACUCUAAACUGGUGACCCCUAGAGUGAAUUUGAACAUUUUUAAAUCUGCUGAAUCAGGAAACAACUCGCCACGCGGCGCGGGCCUAUUUGCCGCGUGGCUACAGGCUAGCGGGGGAGCGCACACGCGAUUUUAGUCGCCUUAAAAGGUUAAUUUGUGUUUUUUUUAAGUGAUAAUAGUGACAGUGAAAGAUGCCGGGUAAUACACCACCCCCACCACCACCACCACCAGUGGAACCUUUAGCAGUAAUUUCGAUAUCUAAUCGGAUCGCAAACUUUUGGACUGAUCAGCCACGAGCCUGGUUUGUACAUGCGGAAUCAACACUGUUACCUCAAAAUACUAGUGAUGAAGUGAAAUAUAAUGUCAUACUAUCAAAAUUGGAUAAGGAAACUAUCACUCAAAUUACCGAUCUUAUUAGUUCACCUCCUGCAACCGGAAAAUAUACGGCCUUGAAGAACCGGCUAUUACAAAUAUACGAAGAAUCAGAAAGUAGACAAUUGCAAAAGUUAAUUGGCGAAAUGGAGCUCGGCGAUCAAAAGCCGAGCCACCUACUGAGACGUAUGAGGCAGUUAGCUAAAGAUAAAGUGCCUGAUACCACGCUGAUGAUUUUGUGGCAAAACCUUUUGCCAUCCUGGGUCAGAGGAGUGUUGACGGUGGUGGAAGAGAAGGAUCUUAGCAAGCUAGCCGAGUUGGCGGACAAGAUGUUGGAGACCUCGCGGGCGGCACAGGUAGAGUCGGUGGGAGCUUCCACGUCUACCGCGCCACCUUUGUCGUCAGAUGCGGCCAUGAUAGUGGCAGAAAUAGCCAAACUUAACAUCCGGAUGACAGAUUUGGAGAAGUCCAGGCCACGGUUCAGACAUCAAGGCGGGCGAGGGCGCCGAGAUUUCAGGGGAAGAAGCGGCUCACGCAGAUCAAACAGUAGGCGAAGAAAUGAGAACAAUCCUAACUGGCUCUGUCAUUUCCACUUCCGCUAUAGGGAGCGAGCCACCAGGUGUGAGGAACCCUGCGCCUGGAAGAAACAGGGAAACUAG